AGAGUAGAAGUGGGUUCUUCUAGUCGGUCGUCGUCAUUGCUUGCUUAAAGUGAGUCGGUGAAGAGAACCAAGUGGACGCCAUUGUGGAAAUUUCGAAGAAUUUCGAGUGAAAAUUAGUAUUAAUUGUGUGAUAUUAAAUGAAGACUGUGCUAAUUAAGAAUCAACGCAAAUAAUCAGUAACCCAAAAAUGGAUGAUGAUCAACAGUUCUGUCUUCGAUGGAACAAUCACCAGAGCACACUAAUCUCCGUGUUCGACACACUUUUGGAGAAUGGAACGUUAGUUGAUUGCACAUUGGCAGCUGAAGGAAAAUUUCUGAAAGCACACAAAGUUGUUCUCUCGGCUUGUAGCCCGUAUUUUGCGGCGCUACUCUCACAACAAUACGAUAAACACCCAAUUUUCAUACUCAAAGAUGUGAAAUUUCAAGAAUUACGCGCCAUGAUGGACUACAUGUAUCGUGGCGAAGUAAACAUCUCACAAGAUCAGCUUGCUGCUCUUCUGAAAGCGGCUGAGUCCUUGCAAAUCAAAGGACUUUCGGACAAUCGGAGUACAUCUGCUGCGCCAUCACAACAAAAGCAGGCACAAAACGAAGCCUCGUCGACAAAAUCGCUUCUGACACCAGUGGUACCUGCAAACAAGGCUUCAGGUUUAACGAUUGAAAAUAAAAGGCCAUUGAAGCAGGAUAUUCUUGACACAGAUGUAUCUGGGUCACGGGAAGGCUCUGUCAGUCCUACGUUACGGAAGCGUAAAAAAAUUCGUCGAAGAAGUGUCGACAACAAUAAUGUAAUAGAUAAUCAUGACCAGCAUUCAAAUUCCUCAUCACAUUCUAUGCACACAUCUUUGCAACCUCAAACACAGACGUCGCCAGUUGUAGUCGGUGUACCGGCAAACAACAACGUUGCUACCUCCAUCGUACCAUCAGCGCCAACUCCCUCAAAUAGUUCGAAUAUAUUAUCCACAUCAGCCGUUGCAGUGGCGGCCGCUGCUUCUGUCAAAAAGACUGAUUCCGUUCAGCAGCAGCAAGUCGCAGAUGCUUUGAAGUUACAGCUAGUAAAGCAUCAAAGUCAACAACAGCACCUGCAACAAACUCAGCAGACGGAUGAUGAAGAACGGAGCAGUGCAGAACAUGCUGAAGCACAUGAUGAUCAAGAUUCGGACAACGACACGGAUGAUUCCCAACGUCCUGUACAGGGAGUGACAGGGUUGGUUGAAAGUCAAGACAAAACAAUCAAUCAAUCCGAACUAAUGAUUGAACCAAAAAACGAGUAUGACGAUGGUCAAGAUGAGAAUGUUGAAGAUUUAACUCUUGAUGAGGAAGAAUUGCUGGAUGAUUUGGAUCAAGCAGGACCCAGUCAUGGUGGUGAAGGCUCUAGUCAAAGUUAUGCCCAAUGGCAAAUGGAUCGAGAACAAAACGAAGCAUUUAUGGCUGCUCAGGACGCUGUCGGUGGACAACACCGAGAUGCACAAGAUCUUACAAUUGCAAACGCCCGGUGCAGGGAUGGAAGGCGUCUGCUUCAGUUUAACGAUCUGUUAUAUAACAUUAAAUUUUCCGAUCUGUCCAAAUUUAUAAAUCCUGAUGGUCGAUAUCAGUGUCCGAGGCGCUCCUGCAAUAAAAACUAUAAAGACGCCAGUUCCUUGCAGCGUCAUAUCAGAUAUGAGUGCGGUGGCAUGAAGAAAUUCCGAUGUGUUAUGUGCGGCAAGGCCUUUUCACAAGGAUCUCACCUUAAACGACAUCUUGAGUCAGGAGUCUGUAUCAAAUAUUACUUUUAACAAAAUGAUAAAAUAAACGGGGAUUAGCGCCUUCAGUUGAUGGACGAAAUUUAUAGGUGAUAUGUUCCUUUUAUACCAUCGCUUCCCAUCAUAUUGAAACAAACGAAGAAAGCUCAAAGUAGUAUGGUUUGCGAUUCAUGUUAAAUACGCCUUUGCCAGCUAGUACAUGGUAUUUCUAUGAUUGGCACUAGGUUACUUUCGAUCAAAUUUAUCGAAUUUGCUCAUAUAUGAUCAAAACAACAAAAAACAUUAGUGACUAUAAUAAAACGAGCUGUCUAACAGUAAACCAGUACACUGUGGUUUUGUGACAAUUGAAUACGUGUAUUGCAAAUACGGCAAUCUAAAGUUUAAUCACCUUUUCUACCUUGCACACGCACGCAUAUGGAUUGUUUUCAUACGGAAACCGUUUCCGUAUGAAAACAACAAACAAAGAAUCCUAUUUGAUCGAUUUGAUCUUGUUGCUGGAAAGAGAAUACUGCGAGAGCUUUCAUCCUCGUGGAAAAGGUCAUCGAAAAAUGUCUUCCUGGUGACCAACUACUAUCGGUUGGUCAUAUUUGCUGAUAUGUUCCGCAUGGGAUAGCGUUAUAAGCAUUUCAAUUUUUCUAAAAUUUUGACACUUAACAGCACUGUUCAAUACUUGAAUCAUCCUAAGCAAAUUGUGUAUUCAUUCUUUGUGUUUGUUGAGAAUGAUGUGGAAGCGUGUAAUAUAGGAGUCGUUAUUCAAUAUAUCACGAGUCGUUCGUAACAAAAGGUGAAGAAAUAUUGUAGGGUGCCGGUACCAAUGGUUGUAAUGCACCAGUAGAUUGGACUAUGGAACAAAUCGUACAUUUUUCGAUAAAAACGACAUGUGCUAUUUUUGGAGGAAAGAUCGUCUCUAGUUUAGUCGAUUUGCCAAAUUUCAGCUUUUUAUUUUAUCAAAAAGUCAUAUAAAUAAUUAACUUUAUGCAAAAAAUUUGCUCCCUUGCACCAGUAGUUGCCGUCGUGUUCCAGUAGUGGAUCAACGGAUGGAAGCAGUUUUUAAAAUGGAUGUAUAAAAAUAAAGAAAAGCCCUAGAGAUGAUCUUUAUGCAUCAUUCGAAAGAUAUUAGUUGCUGUUCCGAGGGAAAAAUGUUAAACCUAUGUAAAAAUUUACCAUUUUGUUUAAAAUCCCUUGUAUCAUUCCCGAACGUCUACUACUGGAGCACUAGCGCAACUACUGGAACACGUGUACCAAUAGUGGCUCAAGCGAUUUUAUGUUAAAAAAAUAGUUUUAUCACUCUUUUUAUAUUUUUCUCAUAUAGUAGAGUUUGAAAUCUUUCUGUUGGCGCCAAAAGAUCUCUGUUAAGGCUUUUCGUUAUUUUGUUAUGAUUUUUUAUAGCUUAGGUAGUCCACUAAUGGCACCGGCACCCUAUCUUCUGUACAUUUUUAUUAGUCAACUUCGAACAAAUUGCAUGAAGAUUCAAGAUCAAAUAUGGUGUACCAAAUAUCUAUCAUUGAAAUAACUGUAGAUAAAAUGUAAAUAAAUUGUUUUAUAGCAUAUUUAACGUCAAACAAUAUCGUUGAUAUUUGAUGGUUUUGUAUGAUACUUUGUUUUGUUUUAAUAAUAUUUAUAUACGAAAAAGAGGAAAGUUGUUUUCUAUUAUAGACACUGUGAAUUCUUUAGAGAAGCAAAGACGAACUAGAGUGUUUAUAUUUUAUUGUUUUAUAUUAUGAACUGUAAUGAGGAAAAAGAUGUAGAUAAUAAUAAAUCAUUCAACAAAA